AAAAAUUUAAAAAAAAUUCGUGUGAAGAAGAACAAUUUAACGAAUAUGCAAAUAUUUUUAGAGGUUUUAAUGAAUUAGGAUUAUUGUGUCCUGUUUGUUUGAUGUAAUGCCUAGGAAUGAUUGACGAGAAAUAUUAAACUACAAGCUAAGAAAUUUUGAAUAAUUUAACGUGUUUCAAAAUACAAAUAUUUGUUCUUGUCGAAGGCCGAGGGACUGAAUAUUGUCCUUUCUACGUCACGGCAAUCCUAACACAAGAUUCGGCGGCCAUAUUGUUAAAACUCCAUUAUAUUGAAUUUAAAAUUUAAGAUAAUUAAUAAACAUAGUGAUAUCAGUACUUCUCAAAUCAGCAAUAAGGGCUUUCAGAAAUUAUCUCUAGCCGAUUCGCCAUGGCUUCAGUCCAGGCAGAAACACUCGUUACCCCAGGACACACUGCAGGAAGUCCCAACAGACUUGGCAUGACAUUAAAUUCUAAUGCUAUCACAAGAGAUAUGAUGGCAGAUGAUCUGGGAUGGAAGGCGAAACUGAAGAUUCCUCCAAAGGAUAAAAGAAAAAAAACUUCUGAUGUGACAGACACAAAAGGAAAUGAAUUUGAAGAUUUUUGUUUGAAGAGAGAACUUUUAAUGGGUAUAUUUGAGAAAGGUUGGGAGAAGCCUUCUCCAAUUCAAGAAGCUAGCAUUCCUAUUGCUCUAUUAGGAAGGGAUAUUUUAGCUAGAGCUAAGAAUGGCACUGGAAAGACUGGUGCUUACAUUAUUCCUAUUCUUCAGAAAAUUGAUAUUACAAAAGAUUAUAUUCAAGCUUUGGUUAUAGUUCCAACUCGAGAAUUAGCUCUUCAGACCAGUCAAAUCUGUAUUGAAUUAUCAAAACAUAUAGGAGCAAGGGUAAUGGUUACAACUGGAGGCACAAAUUUGAAAGAUGAUAUCAUGCGAAUCUAUGAAAACGUCCACAUAAUCAUAGCUACUCCUGGACGAAUUUUAGAUCUGAUGGAGAAAAAUGUUGCAAAAAUGGAUCGCUGUUCUUGUCUUAUUCUGGACGAGGCUGAUAAACUGCUUUCUCAAGAUUUUAAAGGAAUAUUGGACAAAGUCAUCAGCUAUUUGCCAAAUGAUAGGCAAAUUCUUCUUUACUCCGCAACAUUUCCUCUCACAGUAGAACAAUUUAUGCGAAAACAUUUGUCAGAUCCCUAUGAAAUCAAUUUGAUGGACGAAUUAACCCUUAAAGGAGUUACACAGUAUUAUGCCUUUGUGCAGGAGAGGCAAAAAGUUCACUGUCUGAAUACUUUGUUUUCAAAGCUUCAGAUCAAUCAGUCUAUCAUAUUUUGCAAUUCCACACAGCGUGUUGAGCUUCUUGCUAAGAAGAUAACAGAACUUGGUUAUUCAUGUUACUAUAUACAUGCCAGAAUGUCACAGCAGCAUCGCAACCGUGUCUUCCAUGAUUUCCGUGCAGGACUUUGUAGAAAUUUGGUUUGUUCUGAUCUCUUUACGAGAGGUAUAGAUAUUCAGGCAGUGAAUGUUGUGAUUAACUUUGAUUUUCCGAAAAUGGCUGAAACCUAUUUGCACCGUAUUGGCCGAUCUGGAAGAUUUGGCCACUUGGGCAUUGCCAUAAAUUUAAUAACUUAUGAUGAUAGAUUCAAUCUUCAUCGUAUUGAACAAGAAUUAGGAACUGAAAUCAAACCUAUCCCUAAGGUUAUCGACAAAAGUCUUUACGUUCCCGAAUUUCAGUUUGAAGAAACGGAAACAGAAAGAAUAGCCCGCCAAUAAAUGCUCAUAAUAUCAUAGAUUUUUUAAAAUUUCAACAGCUGUGUGGUCUCUUGAGAUUUUAGUUCUCCUGUACAGAUUUGUUGAGGCAUAGUCUGCCAGUAUUUAUUUUUUACUUAUUUAUUUUUCCAAUUACCUACAAGUUAAACAACAACACAAGAAAUAUCCAGUUUGGGGAUCUGUGCCUUCCUUCAUCCAUUUCAUAAAGCACACAAUAGAAGAUAUUUUUACUGUUUGGGUGCAUUCUUUGCCAGAAAGUACAUCUUCUAUAAGAAGGCUCCAGAGACAAAUUUGCGUGCGAGCUUUUCUUCGGAAAUUUAAAAUAAUAAUAAUUAAAAAAAAAAAAAAACUUUUUAAAGAGAAAAAAUAAUUACUAAUCAAAGGCUUGGCACCUGUCAAUCUUUAAUUUCAAAGAGAUUGUUUUCUUUUUUUCACAGCUGUGUAAAUAUCUUGUACAGAUGGGAUUUUUACGUGUUAAUGGGUGUCAUUCUUGUACAUAUACACCCCCUACCCCCGAGAAUUGAGGAAUGCCAUCAUUUCACCAAGUUAUGUUCUGAAGAACAGUUUUUCUUCAAAGAGAGAUGGAUCAUCUGGAUGGCCCUUUACUAGUCUUGUCACCAAGUUUCUUUUUCUUUGCAUGCCUGCCAUAUUUUCUUUACAUUGUGGUAUGGUUUUGCAGCAUUAAAAAUAAGAGGACACACAAACAUUUCUGUCGUAUGAGGAAACUACGCUAUAAUUUGGCAGUACCGCCUUGCAAUCCUGUCUUUCCAAUCAUAGUCAUGACACUUAAAAUAUUUUCUAGAUUUUAAUGAUUUUUUUAUUUAGUUAACAGUGCAACCAAGCGUUUGAGUUACUACUAGUAUAUUUUGAUUGAAUGCAAGUCUUUGAAAAUGAUUAUCUCUCUAAUAAUUUGCAGUAUUAUUGAAUGAACUGUAUAAUUCUCUAAGAAAUAUCUGUAGUGUAAAAAUACGCUGAAUAUUUCUCAGUAGCAGUGUAGUUUUAUCUUCAAGAUAUUGUACUGCAAUCUUUUAUGCUACGUGUCUUGUUAAAAAAAAAAAACUUUUUAGUGUUGAAAGUCAUAAUGCUGGCAGGUACGUACAGCUUCGAAUUUACGAGCACUCUCCAGAUGGUCCUCGCUCUCACCGUAGGUUUUCUACACCUAUUUUUGUAAGCUGAAAUUUCUGUUGAAUAAGUAUUUUUCUACACAUUUCCCUCAUAAAAAUGUUUUUGCAAAUGUUCACUUUUUUUUUAAAAACAAAAAGGAAGAAAAGAUUGCAUUCAGAGGUUUUAGGUGAACAUUUUCCUUUCUCACUUUUUUUUUCUUUGUUUUGUCUAGAAAAAUACUUAUUCAAUGACAUGUAAAUAGUUAUAUAUUUCAAAUUGUGCCGAGUUUAAAAGUGGAAAAAGAUAAGUUUUGUGGGGCCAAUUCACAACAUGGGAACUCUGAAAGAAAAUUUGAGACCUUUGUGCCCUGUUCUUAAAACUGUUUAUUGCAAGAUUCUGCUUGGCAUUGUGAAAAAGUUUUUCCCUUACGAAAGGUGAAUUCCGACCAUGUUAUGUAUUUUUGUUUCUCUACUUUAUUUCUCUCUAUAAAACCUCUGAUACUUAUAAAAAGAAAUUGCAAAUACACUUUUAUGUUCUGUUUCUUUUUUUCCCCUCUUCAUCUCCUCCCCCUCUUUUUUUUUUUUUUUUUUUUUUNUUUUUUAAUUUCAAUCGGGAACUGGAACUGUAUUUGCAAUUUCUGCUGCAGUGAAACCCGAUCCAUGCAAGUUUUUAUUGAUCUUUUUUGGUUUUAAAUUCAAUAAAAAAUAAUAAUAAUAAUUUUUGAAUAAGCUUUGCAUGGAUCGGUUGAGUACAAAUAUAUGUAGAAGCCGCAGUGGAUCCCUUGCUUGGCUUGCUCAUAGUUUCACUGAGUUUGGAAUGUAUGUUGUUGAACUGCACUGAAAGAUCUGCUUUGAUGUUUUGGGAUCACUAAAUUACCGAAAAAUAGAUUACCUUUAAUUUUUAGUUGAUGAUUGAUUACUUAAAAAAUAUGAAAUGACAUUUCUUAAAAUAAAACACAUUCUGAUUGGC